UUCUGGGAGAGAUGGAGAAUAGCUCUCACACACUGCCUCCACCAUCACCGUGUCCGAACACUUUUGAAGUGUCCCUGCCUUUCUCUUCCUCGCCGCAGCAGACAAAUGGCCGUGUUUCACUUCCACUCUCCCCCAUUUCAUUCCCCCCGUCCCCUUCCUCACUAUCUCCAUCAACAGCAGAGUCUAGUCACUCCCCUUCCCCUCUCUCACACUGCACAGCGUCUCAGUGUCUCACCGGACAAACCAUUCAGUGCCUGAGCCCGUCAAACAUAUCAGACCAAGAUGACCUGACCUGUCUCAACUGGCUGCAUCAGAGGGGCAACCUACUGCCACUGCAGCCCAUCCCCAAAAUGACAGCACUGCCUCAGCUAGAGGCCUCGCAACCCACCCAACCUCUACCUCCAGCCUCGUCCAAACCCCCAUACUCCUUCAGUAGUCUGAUUUUCAUGGCAAUAGAGGAUUCGCCUGACAAGAGGCUGCCAGUGAAAGACAUCUAUGAAUGGAUUGUCAACAAUUUCCCAUUCUACAGGACCGCCUCCGGAGGAUGGAGGAACUCUGUCAGACACAACCUGUCCCUGAGCAAGAGCUUCCGCCGCAUUCAGAGAGACAAGAGCCAGUGCGUGGGUAAGGGAUCUCUGUGGUGUGUGUGUCCAGAAUAUCAACCGGCGCUCCUUGAGGUGCUGAGGAAGACCCACAGUUAUCACAGCACCAACAGCAAUCUGAUAAACAAGCCUACACUGUUGGAAGGAGCUGACUUUGAGAUGCCUGCAGUUUGUGAUUCUCUUGAGAUUUCAGAUGCUCUUUCUCACACCCUCCUCCUCUCCUCGCCCUCACCUCAAACCCUGACCAUGGAUAACCUGCCUUUCACUGAAAACCCAACGUGCCCUUUGACACCUGAUCACGAGGAGCUUGUCACCAUGGAGUCAGUGGACUACCAACAGGAGGAGGUCUGCGAAGACAUGGAGAAGGACCCCCUGUCAGACAGCGGGUACAUUGAGUUACAUUAUUACCAGUCUCAACAGUACCAAUACUUGGUGCUGCCAGGUGAUACUGAGUUAGACCUGGAGACCGUAGAGAUAUUGCAGCUGGAUGCCGAGGCGCAGGAAGCUGCUGGGUCACUGCUGGACCUGGCAGGAGGAGGAUAUUAAAGUUAAUAUCUCAUUAACAAUCACAAUUGAUUCAACACUACAAUUUAUUGUAAGCAAACACUCCAUCAAACCAACAAUGUUAAUGGAUGUAGUGAUGAUUGUUUUUUCACACCGCCUGUUUUUCCUUAGACGCUGACACUGCCCUAAAACCUUUUUGUAGUUAGGAGAAAAGAUUAGUUUUGUGAUGGACUCACAAGACUGUGGAUCACAGUAAUUCUUAUGUAUUCUAGCACUUUCAAUGCAGACGAUGAAUAAGAAAUUGAGAGUGUAACAUUAAACUGAAAAAUAUGGGGAAAAAAAUUGUGCUCUGAGAAUCUCAAGUAUUAAUAGAAAUGAACUUCAACAUAUUUUAAGGAUUUUCACUGUGAUUUUUUAAAAGCUUAGUUUCACUCUCAGGGAAUGAAGUUCUGCUUCCAAUUCAAGGAGAAGUAAAGUUGACCAAAUUAAUAAACAUGUUUUAAUCAUUUCAAUAUUUACAAGAACAUAACAGCUCUUCUGAGACAUUUACUCAAAUUCAUAAAGUGAAUAUAUACUGUAUAUACAUAUAUACUUUCAAUAUGAAUAUGUCUUAUCAACCCAUUGUUAGUGCUGAUCAUCGCUUCAAAUUGAUCCCUUCCCCGGCAACGCUGUCAAUGUAGCCUAUUCUGGAAAAUAUUUCCUUUCUAGACGUGGUUUUGUAGAAUACCAUGUUUAAAAAAAUGCUUAAUUUAUAAAGUAGUUGUAAUUGUAGGGUGUAUGAAAAAGUGAGAAAGCACUUCUCAGUUAUCAUCAUGUCAGUACUUCCAAUUAACUCUUUAUCUAAAGAAUUGCUCUUUAACCACUCUUCAGAUUAGGUUGAUUUAAUGUUUAAGAUGUCCUGUUGAUUCCCUGAAUGUCUUUACACUUUCUGUGAAUUUGAAAACCUAUGGUACUUGUAAACUAAGCUACACUAAAGUCAAUCAAAAAUACUUUGAUUGGAUAUGAACUGCCAUUUAAAGAUCUUUCAUUUGAGGAUUAA